CACCAUCACACACUGCCGAGCAGCAAUGCGCGACGUCACUCUUUCGGCAAUUGGCGGCAGACAAGCGAACGUCAUCACCACAAGAACGCGGCACUCAGCACACCGGAUGAGGUGCCGAAUAUGAUGGCCCCACGACCGCCUGUCUUAUCACCAAAUAAAUAUCGCGGUUUGCAUCGUCGAAGAGAUAACUGCGGCACAGUAAGCAACUCAUCAUCGAACACUUCGGGUCCCUACAAUAUGGACGACAUACUCAUUAUCACAGCAAAGCAUAGCGAGCGCGCCAUAUUACGCGCCAACUUCUUGAAGAAUCACUUUGAUAAGAUCACAAAACAGCGUGGGCGUAAACCGUUCAAUUUUUUGCAUAUCAAAAUCGAAGAUGGUCCUUUCAGCGAGGAGAUCGCAAACAAGUACCAAAAUACAGCUUUGCAAAUUGUCAUACUUUGUCCGGCGCUAUUGGCACUUUCGCACUCAUUUUUACUCUCACAGUUGACGGCCAUUGUACGCGUGGAGAAAGUGCUGGGUAUUCUACUGGAUAUUACCGAGGAAAAGGUCAAGGAGAUACAAAAAACAGCGUUACCAAGCUAUUACAAAUGGCGUCGCUGUACCAUACGCGACAACGAUCAAGCACAGAUUAGCAAUAUACUCGGCAUAGCCACAGAUAUUUUGGGACGUGCACUAUGCCAACGACCGCCGUGUCAUGAUCACAGCGGUAUUUCGCGUAGUUUCUCUAGCUGCUCGGAGGGUUUUACCAUACUGCCGAAGAAAGUGAAGAUCGGGCAAAAUAAAGUUGUUGCCAUGCUAGCGGAACCACUGGAAAAGGACGAUACAAUCAAGAUAAUGGUAGAGAAAUCUGGGGAGCUAAUUGAAAUAAGAAAUUUCAAGUGUCGCAAUCCAUUCACUGUGCAGUUCUCCAUACCAGAGUCCUGCAUGGAAAUCUCCACCAUGGUUGAAAUACGCAUCGAAAAGAACGAAAAGAGUCUUGGUGCGCGCCCCAUCAAAUGUGAAAGCCUGCGCGAACUCGAGCAAUUGUUACGUACUGAAGACUCACCCAUUGAAUUUAUGUGCCACUCGUUGGGUAUUGGACCAGCUGAACGCGAUGCGCUCGAUUUGCAUUUAUUGCAGUGCUUCCAGAAAAAUAUGCCGCCCAAUUUUCAUUUACUCAACGGUCCCUAUGAGAAGCAGCACCACUUCUUAACUAUACGCGAAUCGAGUCCCGAGGAAUAUCCCACUCUAUUGCAUUUCGCCGCGCGUUGGGGUCUCAACCGUUUGUGCAUUCAGCUCAUGGAGUGUCCUGGCGGCGAUACGGCAUGCGGUAUACGCAAUUGCAUUGGUAAAACACCAGCCGAAUUGGCUGAACAGGAGGGCCAUCACAAGCUGGCGACGAAUAUAGUUAGCUUCUCUGAGUUCCAUGAGCUAACAACAAUGUAUCACUACUUUAAGGGUAUUAGUAGCACCAGCGUAAAUAACAAUAUAAAUCAGUUAAAUGGUAAAGUCGGCAACAACAAUCACAAUCUCAACCAGCAGAGUAACUGCAAGGUCGUUAUUGAGGCGGUCAAAUCAACGCCAGCGUCUCCGAAAGUGAAGCAACCCAAACCUCAAAAACCGAUACCAACGGAGCCAAAGAAGCCCUAAUCUGCAGAGUACAUGGAAAUGUCAAGCGGUUCGGAACGUGAAAACACACCAGACACCAAACCGAAAACAGAGACGUUAGCUGUAUCGAACUUGAAUUACAUUAGCGUCGAAACGGAGGACGAAAACUUGCAAGGCUCUUCUGCAGAUGUUUGUAAGAAUUUCGAGAAGGUCGUAACCACACCGGAAAUGACUACGAAUGAGCUGCGCAUCAGCGAGCCACCAUAUUACCAAUCGAAGGAGCAAAACAAGUCUGUUGAUGUCACCGAUUCGCCGUACCAGACAGACAAGUUUAGUCAUGAAUGCUCGCAAUUGUUGGAGAACUGCAGCGGCACUACCGCAGGUAAUGAUUAUGUGCUGCAACCAUCCAAUAUACCAAUUCCCCAAAAACUGGUUGCUACUCAAAUGCCCACAGUGGCCAACAGCACAGAGGCUGAUGAUGGCAACUAUCUCUUUCAACCCUCUAAUCGACCAGUUGAAGACGAAUUGCUGCCACAGAACCGACUCAGCUUGAGUCGUUCGUUGAGCUCAUCCUCGCGUCCCGGACCAAACCCCACAUACGGCACCUUGAAACGUACGGCUUCGGACGCAUCGAACGUAACAACGCGUUCCAAUGCCGAUGAUGAGCUUGCAGAGAUAAUGCAUGACUUCAAGAACAAUGUACUCAGCAUACGCGAUGUGGAGAUGCUGGUUGAGAAAUGGAAGCAUCGCAACGAUGUGCAGCAAAGCUUUCGUGAAAAACAGGAACAAAUAGAUCAGCUGCGUAAGGAAUACGAGCGCAUACAGGAAAAUCUGCGUUCGCAGUUAAAGCGCGAAACACCAUUCGAGAAAAUCAAAAAGCUUUUUUCACGCCACAAAUCCACAACACAUCUGCCGGAUAAAAGCUCUUGCGCCGACAGCGCGCUCGAUGAAACUAAGUCAUCCAUCACAACAAGUUCAAGCUUCAAGUCUUCACAGCGUCCCAUUAGCUCGCUCAGCUUGCAGAGUGUAGCGUCCUCCUCGUCAUCGGGCCGCCUCAGCACUGGCAGCAAUUGCAGCGGCACCUCGCUAGGCGACUCAGGCACACACUCCGAUCACGAAGAGCGGCGCUUCGGCUGUCGACUUGGUUCGCCCGCUGCGCUAAUGGAAAACUAUCUCGUACCGCCACCACCACGUCCGGUGCUAACACCUAACUCAACACCGGGCGAGGAGCGUCAACAACUGGUAUUUCCCUCACCGAAGUCAUCACAUCAAAGGCUAAACAUACCCACCAGUCCUACCGGAAGCGAACAUUACCAGAUGUUUCCGUCAAACAUACCCGUAUAUACCAGCCAAAAUCUAUCAACUUCACAGCCCAAUAAUUACCUAAACACAAUAAUGGAAGCGAAGGAACAUGAUGGAGCUGGCAGCGCUACCAGCAACAACAGCAACGGUCAUCAAUACCAAAAUGGCGUUACAUUGCAACCGAUCAAAAUCAAUGAACGCCCAAAUAUUAUCUAUGGCAAGCUAACGAAAGCUUCGCCCACUUGCAGCUCCUUCAAGCCCAAGCAGGUGGCAGUGCCACAGGUUGGUAGCAUUGAAGUACAGGCAGAGGUUUAUCAAAAUAUUGGACCUAAUUUGGAGCCUACCAAAGAGUGUGAGACGGCAAAGGGGGAGACAAAAGAGUGUGUAGCAGGCGAAGCAGCUGCAACGGAGGCGCCCAACUACAUGAACUGCUGAGCGAUGGGAAUAGAGAAGAAGGAUGGUUGAAAGAACGAUGAAUGAG